AUGACGCCGCGGAGGCGGCCCCGUCCCCGCGCUCCCGCAGCUCCCGCCCCUCCCGCCAGGGCAGCCCGGGAGGCCAGACGUUGGCGCUGCAGGGAGAGGGUGGUGGGCGCAGCCGCUAGGGGGCGCGGCGGGGCGGGGCGCACCUUUCCGCGGGCCGCGGGGAUGGCGGCGCAGGGCGUAGGGCCUGGGCCGGGGUCGGCGGCGCCCCCGGGGCUGGAGGCGGCCCGGCAGAAGCUGGCGCUGCGGCGGAAGAAGGUGCUGAGCACCGAGGAGAUGGAGCUGUACGAGCUGGCGCAGGCGGCGGGCGGCGCUAUCGACCCCGACGUGUUCAAGAUCCUGGUGGACCUGCUGAAGCUGAACGUGGCCCCCCUCGCCGUCUUCCAGAUGCUGAAGUCCAUGUGUGCCGGGCAGAGGCUAGCGAGCGAGCCCCAGGACCCUGCGGCCGUGUCUCUGCCCACGUCGAGCGUGCCCGAGACCCGAGAGGCCUCCUUUCUCUCUGCCAGGAACAGUAGCCCCCCUGCAAGGCCCUCCUUUUCCUCCAGCCCGCAGCCUGCGGCCUCUCCGGUUCUGCUCCACAGCCCGGCUGCCACACACUCGCCUCUCUCUCCAGGCCCCCCGGGUUCCCUCCGCCUCUCUUGCUGCCUGUUCUCUCCUUUUGCAGGGAGAAACAAAGGCAGCGCUGCCCUCGGGGGAGCAUUGGCCCUGGCAGAACGCAGCGGUCGCGAAGGAUCCAGCCAGAGGAUGCCACGCCAGCCCAGCGCUACCAGGCUGCCCAAGGGGGGCGGGCCUGGGAAGAGCCCUACGCGGGGCAGCACCUAGGAUGGGGCAGAGACUUGUCGCAUCUUUGUCCCCAGCAAAGGCUACGUGUUACCUCCUUCAAUUGAUAAUAAACCUUUCUGAGAUGCA